AUGAUGGGUCACUUAUCUGUCAAACCUUCAUGCCAUAAAUUGCAUGAAGUUUUAAGUCACUUGAACGGACCCGUGCACGAUCUUUUUUCAACAACUAGCUUCGGUUACUUGUUGGACCUACCAGCUCAGUCCGGAGACGGACUUCUUAUUCAUGGGUUGUUACUGCAUAUGUUGCGUCCUACUGCUGAACGCCGAUAUUUUAGGUUUUCUAGACGUACACUAUCAUUUUGGCCAGAGGAGUUUUGCCUUGUGACCGGACUUUACAUGGGUCGGUGUCCUAAAUCAAGGAUCAAAUUUUCAACCAUGUAUAAACACGGAUAUGGUGAAAAUACAUUUCGGUCCAGAGUCUUCCCAUAUUGCACGAACGCUUCUUUAGUUGUAAUAUUUAGAGCUCCUUAUCUUGAAUCAAUGGUUCAAUGA